AUGAGAAAUUUUCAAUUUCCUUUUAGUGAUAUGGAAAUUAAAAACCAAAGUGAGAGAUAUGCUGCUGAACUGCAUACCAUAUUUUCCAAGAAUGAUGACAGACGGAAGAAACGCGAAGUACCAGACUAUUUGUGUGGUAACAUAAGUUACGAUAUUUUGCGAGAUCCUGUCAUCACUCCAAGUGGUAUUACUUAUGACCGCAAGGAUCUAGAAGAACACUUAAUGAAAGUUGGACAUUUUGAUCCAGUUUCACGCCAGCAUUUAACUGUUGAUCAGCUCAUUCCAAAUUUGGCUUUAAAAGAAGCAGUCGAAGCAUUUGUAAUGGAAAAUGAAUGGGUAAAUUACUAUUGCACUUUGUAAGCCAAGAUUAUUAAAAAUGUUAUUAAAUAAAGUAUACAUAAUUUUAUAAAUAUUUAAUUUUAAUAACUUCUUAACCUUUCAAAUAAUUAUCAAUAGUAAUUUCCUGUAUAAGAAUGUAUGUACUAUUUAUGGUUAUUAUUAUUCUAAUUAUAUUUUAAAUCAUAAAAAAAAAAAAAUUAAAAAAAUUGAUCGUUAUUUGUAGUCAUUUAUGAAUAAUUAAUAAUACGAUGUAGUAUCUUAAAAAAAUAAUGCACAUUAAUUAAAAUUAUUAUACCUUAUUUUUUGUGUGUAAAAAUAAAACAUUUGUUAAGUUUUACAUUAAAUUGCUUAUAAUAUGGAUAUGAAUUAUAUGAGGACCUGAUAGAAAUUGUACUAUUUCUAUUUAAAAUAUUUUUUUUGAAUAACAAUAAGUUGAACGUUUUAAAACUGAAUGUGGUUUUGUUUCAUCAUUAUUUUUGUAACAUGGUACAAAAAGUAAUGGGUAAUAAAAUGUAUGAUUCAAAUGUUUAAAUUAAUAUUUUAAAAUAUCUAUAUAUUUUAUAGAAUAGGUAAAAAAAUUUUGAAUUGUUUAAUAUUUUUAGACUACAUCAGAUUUAUUAUAUUUUUACACAUUUUUUUUUUUGUAAGUCAGUAUUUUAAAAUUAAAAUAUAUACUAUUAAUACAUUUUUUGUUCAACUGUAUAAUAUUCAAUCUAAGUAUUAAUAUUAUUACUUUAUUUUAUUGAUAUAUAAAUUGUAAGUUAAUUUGUAUUCGUUUGCUAUUAAGUAAACCAUUUAGAUUUUAAUAUAUGUUAGGUUUAAAGUACCUAUAUAAUAUUAUCUAUUGUAUCUACUUAUCAAUAUCAUAACAAGCACGAGCAAAUUGUAUGUUAAAUUUUCCAAAGGUCUUACUUCUUACAUUUUUUAUUGUACCCUCUAGUUCAAAAUGUGAUUUUUUUUUUUAUUAUUUUAUUAUUUUAGUCUAUUACGUACGUGUACAAUAGUAUUGGUUAUGUUAUUUCUGUCGUACAUAUUGUCUAUAUCUAGAUUUAAUCAAGAGCAUGGAUUAAAAAUUAUUUGUGAUAAUAUGAAAUAUGUUUAAGAUAUUUAUUUGCCUUUAUUUUUACUAACUUAACAGUUAAUCUUAUCUGUGUAAUAAUAAAUAAAACAUUUAUUAUGUUACAAAUACAAACAGCUUUAAACAUGUUAAA